AGGUCGGAGCACAGAGCUGUCAUUUCUUGUACCGUUUCGUCAUUCCGAUUCAAGAACGGAUCGUGUGAAUACGCGUUUUGUUUUAUAUCGUUGUUCAAAACGAUUUUUAUACAUAGGACUAUAGUUUUCCUCUUCGGUUUGUUUUAGGAAAAAAUGUUAAACUAACUCUAACGUAAUGCAACACACAGAAACAUUUACUCGGAAGAUGUUUAGGAAAAAUUUAGUGAAAAAAUAUGUGACCGCCUGUCAGUUUGUGUGAUGUGUUUUCCCGAAAUUAUUUGUGCAAAUUGUGCCACUAAAGUAUAACACUGUGAAUAACCUAUACGAUCAUCGGGAAUCGGCCGGAAAAUUAGUGGUUUCUAAAAAUUGUAAAAAAGAACGACACGUUACAAAGAGUCUACCUCAGAAAAACAAAAAGCAGAGCGCCGGAUUUUUUUUAAGAAAACAGAAAAAAAAGAACCCGUGAAAGUGUAACCCAACUAACCAUUAAGCAAAUCGGAAAAUUAGAUUUUCCUUUUGAAGUAAACCCAUAAGUCAGUCGAUAGCGGCAAGCCCUGUGAGACAUACUGUCGUACGGAGCAGACAUCGGGCAGACACCGCCCCCGUUCCCUCCCAGUUACUUUGCAGAAGAACAUACAGUGAAAAGUGAAAUUUUCCUCCCGUGGAAAGUGGCUCCAGAGCACCACAGACAGAGAGACAGACGUUCGGGCAUAUCGAGGCAAGUGUCCCGAAAGGAAAAGUGAAUAUAGUCUAGCAGACGACGGCGACGACGACGGCAUCCCCGCCGUACCCGAAGUACACAUACAUACAGCGAGAGAGAAGCAGAGUGCGCCCGAGACGGUUUUCCCGUUCCCAUUUUCCAGAUCCUCCCAAACCGGCAACGGCGGGACCGGUGGGUGGGAAGCUGAGUGGGGCUCGGUUUUUCGGCUGAUACUCGAGAAAAGCUCGUUGGAAGCCGAAUCUCAUCCGUCGUUAGUCCUUGGCUUGUCGCGUACAGGAGCGCCAAGUUGAAAGUGAAAACUCGGGAAAACCCGACGUCGACGACGACAACGACGACGACGGGCAGACAACGGGCGAGACCCGGGUCCUGUCUGACUCCCAGACUGCCAGCGAGUGCGAGUGGUGUGUUUUCGUGGAAAAGUGUAGAAACACGGAAAAAGGAUUAUCGUCCUUUCGGACGGCCUAUACUGGGUGAAGGCCUUUGCCAGAGCCAUGUGUCGCGUCUGCUUUCGGUGUGCGUGCGGUGUAUGAAUUUUUAGGGUUGGUCGUUACUGAAAGCGAAAUUCUAUCGAUAAAUGUUACAUUUUCCGUUCGGUGCGCGGUGGCCGCGGUGGAACGUGGGAGCGAAAAAUGCUGUGCUUGUGUUGUGACUCAGGGAUUGUUGAAAUAGUAAGCAUAUAUAGUACGACCAGGAAACUCGAAUCAUACGGAAAAAAUGACACAACCCGAAAAGUGCUGCGAAAGCGCCGUUUCGUCAUCGAUAAGUAAUGUUAUUAUUAUUGGAAACCAGAAAGCUUAAGCCGUGAACGGUAAAGUCAAGCUGCACCGUGCGCACAAAUUAUACUGCGUUGUGCUGUGUGCUGAAAAUGCACCGCCUAAUUGGAAAUUUAUCGACUUGACAUAAUAAACAACAGGCAAUGCAUAAUUAAACUUAUAGAAAAAUGAACAGCUUUAAUCACCCCCCUAGAAAAGUAUAACCUAAAUAGUGUUUGUAGUUAAGCAAGAAGAAUGUUGUAGCCAAUUAUUAUUGAAGCCUCUAGUGAAAAUUUAUACGUCGUUGGAAAAUCGAUGAAACAUACAAAUUGUUGAAAACAAUAGUGCAAAGUGUCAGAGUUCAAAAAGAGAAAACGUGAAGAGAUCAUAAACUAUUUACAAACUAAGAGCGGAGAAAAAAAGAAGAUUUUCGGGACAAAAAACCGUCUAACAGCAAGUGUGCAAGAGUGAAUCACAAGAAAUCAAACGAAACGAAAACCUCGCUGCAAUGAUGAUGUUGCAGCAUAUGUCACCUCACUUUGUGGGGCAAACGGAACCGCCGGGACCGUCCCCACCGGGAACUCCCGCCACGCCGUCGGGACACAGCCGUUCGCCGUCUCCCGUGCAUCACAGCAUCGUCGAUCCAGCCAUCGCCAUCGAGCAGCAGCAGCAACCGUCUCGAAUCAUCAUCCGCCGAUCGUCGCUGCCUCCCUCGGACGACGACGAACAUCACUACCGAUACAAACGCGAACCGAACUCACGCCCCGGAACGCCACCGGCCACAUUCAACGGCCGCUAUGCUCCGUCCGAAUCGUAUCCGCCGGAACACUACCGACCGCGCUCGCGCACUCCACCAGCCACUCCGCCACCUCCUCCUCAGCAGCAGCCGCAGCAUCCCCAUCGGAUCACUUCGGUCAUUCAGGAACGCACCGAAAACGUCAUCCACUAUAUCAAAGAGGAACAUCCGCUGCGGCGUCGUGGCUCGAUCGAAGACGAUCAACAGGUGGCUCCGGUCCAGUACUAUCACCACCGCUAUCAGCCCGAGCCCGUUCAGCGCCACGAAGAGGACGAGGACUACACCGCAGAAAGGCGAUCCGCCGAUCCGCACUAUGCGGAAGAUCCGGACAAUCACCGCUACCACCGUCGACGGCUGCUGUCGGAACGACGUGACGAUCCGGAUUCGGAUUACAGCGACAGUCAGGCAGGUGGUGCCGUCAGUGGCGAUACCGAUCACUACCCGAAGUCGGAAGAGGAAGAACUGGGCGACGACGACCGUCCGCUGGACCUGUCGAUGAAGAUCAAGCGACGCAGUCGGCACGAUUCGGGAGGCAGCGAUUCCGACGAUUCGGCUGGACCGGACUCGGAGGGACACCCGCGCGGCCAGGGCCGGGCGGCGUACAAGAAAAGUCUGAUGAAGCGAUACCUGGACACCGAGCUACCACUACCACCCCAGACGCCAAGUCCGCCGCCCCAGCAGCGAUUAUCGUCGCAAACCCACCUCCACCAUCAUCACCACAGCAGUAGCGGUAACCACCAUCACCAGCAAUCGACCGGCAGUCUGCUCGCCAGCAGUCUCAGUCAAUCGACCCAGCAGCACAGGCCACUCCUGCACGGACUGCUCAGCGGCACGCACAUACCUCAGGCGCCCUACCACAGCCGGGGCUACAGCACGUCCAGCACAGGCUCACUACCUCCAAGCCCUGCAGAUAGUGGUGUCUCCGAUGUGGACAGCUCAAGUAGUGGGGGCCAGCCUGCCUGCAGCGACGAACUCAAGGCCCGCCUAGGAAUUCCACUGAACGCAAACAAUAACAAUAACAACAACAAUAACAACAACAACAGCAACAACAACGGAUCAAGCAGUAGUAAUGCUGGUGGAAGCAACAGCAGCAACGUGUUACUGCCGGGUUCCGCCGGCAGUAGCGGAGGUACCGGCGGAGGUGGCACCGGAGGCGGUGGACUUCCCCCGAUCAACGCGUCAUCGUCAACAUCGCCGACGUCAUCCGGCUCGUCCCUUCCCUCCUCGGUGGCUCUCUCGGCGGCGGCAGCAGCGGCGGCCGCCACCCAGCAACAUCUGCAACAGCAAGCCCAGGCUCAUUUACCGCCGGGAACUUUCCUGCGACCCAACUUCUACCAUCACAGCUCACCGCCCCUUAGGAAUAUCUGGAACCAGCGGAGCGUACCCCUUACCGACAACUAUCACUACCUGCACACGAUGAACGCGGCGGCGGCGGCCGGCUACACGUCAUCGCACUUCCAGACGCCCUCGCAACCCCGGAAUCAGUCCGGCAAUCCACUGGCGAACGGUGGCAACGGGCUGAACGUUAUGGGUCAGCAUCAUCUGCAUCCUCACCAUCCGCAUCUGGGCGGGCAGCAUCCGGGCGCGCAGGUGGGGAACAACGCCGGCGGUCACCCGGGGGUCAUGGCCGGCGGGCUGGUCAAUGGGCUGCACCAUCAUCCGCAGAACGUGUCGUCCAGCUGUCCGGAUGAUCUGUCCUACAUGCUCGAGCUUGGCUUCCCGCCGCGGAAGCUCAAAAAACCGAAGAAGCCCAAACUGGAGAUGGGCGUCAAACGUAAGUCUCGCGAAGGAUCCACUACCUAUCUGUGGGAGUUCCUGCUCAAACUACUGCAAGACCGCGAAUACUGUCCACGGUUCAUCAAGUGGACCAACCGGGAGAAGGGUGUGUUCAAACUGGUCGACUCGAAGGCCGUCUCCAAGCUGUGGGGAAUGCACAAAAACAAACCGGACAUGAACUACGAAACGAUGGGCCGCGCGCUGCGGUACUACUACCAGCGGGGCAUCCUGGCCAAGGUGGACGGCCAACUUGGUGUAUCAGUUUGUCGACGUACCGAAGGACAUCAUCGAAAUCGACUGCUCCGGCACAUAGGGAUACGUUCGACGUCCCGCCGGACGUCCCUAGCCUCGCAGCGCGGCCACCAACCAACCAAGUAAACCAUCAAGCAUACAUGAAAGCAAACUUGAACACACACACACCACACAUACACACUCACUAGUCCGGUUUCCGGCUGUCCCCCGGCACACCAGCAGCAGGCGGCCCGGGGGACAGUCUUCCCAUCGCGGUCUACCUUGUAAAAAAUGAGAAAUCUACUCCUUCCUUUUUGUUUUGUGUUAGAAGAGUGUACAGAGACGACAACGUGCUAAAUGAUCUUCUGUUCGUUUAAAAUGAUAUUUAUUUUUAAAAACAAAGUUUCCCUUCUCCUAAUUUUAAGCUUUUCCAUAAUAUGUAUCAUACUAGGCAGUAAGUUGUAAAAUUAUUUCACUGUAAAAAUCAUAAUUUAUUUAAGUUAACCUCCCCUCUUUGUCCCGAGAAACAAAAAAAAAACCGAUCCCCCCCUCAACGGCAAACGAAUGCAAUGUUCGGUUGAAACAGCGAAGUACUAGACCGCCGUCGUAAAAACCCCCGCCCCCGCGUAAAGCUCCACGCGCGAGCAUACAAUGAUAAAAGACAAUAAAAACAAAAAACACACAGAGAAAACCGGCUCACUUUAGGUUUUUCGCUGUAAUUUGAUUCUUUUUAGCCGAUGAGUUUCUUUUUUUUUAACUUUUUUACGUUUGUUUCAUCACACACAAACACACACAGCAUACAAAAACCAAUCGAAUUAACUACUUUACAAUAUAAUAAGGGCAAUAGACGAAAAAACACUGAAAGGAAAGAAAACGAAACACUAUGAAUCAGAAGACAGGAUAAUGGUCAAAGGAUAACAAGAAAAGUACAAAUCGAAAGAAGAAAAAAACAAAACACAAAAAACCCCCCAAUGAAACCUCGCUCUUGCAGUACUAGAACGCUAGAACGCACCGAGAGUGCGGUGCGGCUCUAGUAGAGUACAGCCAGCAGUGCAGGAUAAUUUUUUUCUUGUAAUUAAACCGCUUAACCGCGUGUGCGCGCUCGCUGUAGGUUUAGAUUGAAUACACUUCUUCCUUUUUUUCUUUUUUGUUUCUUCUUUUUUCUUGUGCUUCGUGUUUUUUUUUUAAAAUUAGCGUGUAUGUCCGUACCUUUUUCGGAAGCGCGGUUUUUUCACUCCGCUGACGAUGUAAAUUUUUUGUGUAAAUUUUCUGCGUUAGAAGUAAGGACUUCCCCCUCCCGUCCCCGCCUCCCCCUCAGCGUAGGUUUUAGGUUUAAGAUAAACCCCCCUUUAAAUAGUUUUUCGUUAGUGAUAGCUGCUAGCUAGCUCGGUAAGUGUCUGUAAUCAAGUGUAAAAGUAGGUUUCCUUUAAGUUUAAAGUAUUUUGCGUUUAAAGUUUUAUCGUUCUUUUAUUUUUAUUUUUUGUUUUUGUAAUUUCAAAGUAUCUUUUCUCCUUUUGUUUAUUCUUUCGGUAACCAGAUCAAGUUUCUGAUUCAUUUUAGAAAUGUUACUGUUUCUAUUUUUACUGACCACAAAACAGUUCACUGCCGCCACCCCCGUCAGUCGUCGUUAAAACAAUUUGUUUUCUUUAUUAAGUCGUCCUUAAGUUUUUAAGAAUUUGUCAAUCAAAGUGAGAAACUGAAAAUCAAAAAGAGCUAGGAAAGAAGCAGAACUACUACUUUGUGAAUGAUGCGGAAGUGCGGAAGGAACAUCCUCUCACACACACACACAAAAAAAUACAGAAACACCCACAACACACAAACAAACAUAAGCAUAAUUUGCAUGCAAGACGCUAGCCGACAAGAAUUUAAAACGAGAAUAAAUGAAGUUUCUUUAGAAUCUUGAUCUCAUUAAUUUAUUUGUACUGACACAGACGAAAGAUAUUUUUUUUGUUUUGUUCUGACGAAAUUACUUUGGUUUCCUCACGUGUAAAUAAGCCUUAAAUUUGAGUUCUUCAUCGUUUCAUUUUUAAAUUUAUUACGUGAUCUACCUACUAAUGUGAUUUGAUUGAAGAGAAAAAAAAUCAACACGGAAAUGGAAAAGAUUCUGGCGGCCUGCGGCCGACCGGCACAGUUCUAGAUUCGAUGGAACAGAACUAGCUAAUCUACAUUUUAUUCGACACUGCCAACUGCCCUCUGAUCGAGAGUGAGAGAGUAGCCGCGCACCCUUGGUGCUUGAGAUAGUUUAGCAAAGUAGUGAAGUAAAGUGCUAGUACGUGGUCAGACCGAAUCUAGUACCGGCCGACGGCCGGCCGACCAGAUUGUAUCCAUUUGCCCAAAAUCAAAGGAAAAACGUGUUAGCUUUCGCAAUAUUCUUCGCAGAAAACAUGGCUGCCUGUUCCCUCUUUGGAUUUUUAAUGCUGCUUUGUUCUAUAAUAAACUACACUAUCCAUCCCCGGGGCAUCGAGCCGCCGGCCAGCCAGGCCGCUUCGCGGAUGCUUUAACGUAAUAGAUUGAUUCUUUAUUUUUUUUAUUUGUCAACGGACAAACAUAUGUGCAAUGAACCAAAACAAUAGAAGAGAUAAACACAAACAACACACACAAUCGAAACUCAGAGAAGUUUGUCAGAAGAAAUCCGAUUUCGAGAAGAUCAAAAAUCAAACCGAGAAGUUAUCAAGCAAAGUAAAACUAAAACAGAAAAGUAUAGAAUGAAUAUCCCCCCCACUAAAAGAGAGGAGAAAAAAUCUAUAGUUUUUACAUAGACGUAAAGAUUUAUACUAAAAGCAAAGAAAAACAAACAAAACGAAGAAACAUCUAUAAACAACACAUAUAACAAGCAAGCAAAAGAGAGUACAGGAGAAAACAGAGAGAGAAAAAAACAAAACACGAGAUAUUUCAGUGAGAUCACCUAGAACGCGUGCGUGCGUGCGUGCGUCGCGUGCGUGCACGCGUACGCAAGUGUUGCAAGCAGCAAAACAGACGAAGGCAAAAGAAAAAAAAAGUAAGCAAGCAAGCAAGCAAACAAACAAACAAACACAAUC